AAGUGAAUAUACGUUUACAUAUUUCAUGCUUUUACAAAAAGUUUGAAUUGUAUGAGGAAGAUACGUGCAUGUAGUUUAAAUGUUUUACACUAGAGUAUAUAAGUUUGAAACUCCUUUCUUUUUCAAAAGAUGGUUUAUUAGCGCGGUAAUGUCUUGCCUCUGUUAAUUCUCCGAUCAUCGACCAUUCACUGAUGUUCGACUAUACAUCGAGAUUUCAAAUAUUGUUUUCCGCAACAUUGGCGGCAUGUCGCAUUUAACGUGCUUAUUUAAUGAGAAAUAUACACAGUGUAAUACAUUACGACCAACAAACAACAAGAGAUUAAGAUUUGGUCCUUUUACCAAAAAUGGCUGAUCGCUAAAUUUGAUAUACAUAUCUAUAUUAAUAUACGGUGAAAAUUGAACGAAAAGUAUAAAUAACCUAACAUAAUAUCAACUUGUAUAAAACGCGGGUAAAUAUGCCACGCACCAAAGCAUCACCCAAGAAAUGUGUUAAAACAACUAAUUCACAUCCAGGGACAAAUACAUGGGUUUUCUUAAUGAAAGGUGAUAGUUUAGAUAAUGCAGAUAAUGGAACACCUGAUGUAGUUAAGUUAAGACAUCCAGCUUUAAAUCAACCUACAAUGUUUGUCUUUAGUCCAGGUAAUUUAACGGUACAAGAAGUUUUAACGUUCGAUGAAAACAAAAGAUCAUGGUUUAUAGACGACAAUGUAAAAUCUGAUGGAAAACUGCAUUUAUCUACUCCUAUUGAUCCAAUGUUUUUAAUAUUACCUUAUUUAAGACAGUCACAACAAGCACAGCCGUUAGAACAAUGUCUUUGGGAUGAAGAUUUUCCAGAGACGUCCCGUCUUAUUCAAUGUCAGAAUUUAAAUCUGACAUUAAUUGCUGACCAUAAAGGAGAUGAAUCAAUACAAGCCUACAAAUUUAAUGAAGAAAAAACAUUAAUUUGGUUGCAAAAAAAAGUUGAAAGAGUAGCAGAAGUUUUAAAGCAGAAGGGUAUUCAUGUAUCACAGGGUGCUACUAGUGCUACUUAUAUUAAAAGUACUAAAUUUGAAAAUAUUUCAGAAGUUGAUUAUUUAAAAUAUGCACAUGGUAUUGUAUCAGAAUAUCUUGCAGAAGAUUUAUCAAAUAAACUGGCGCAUCAUUUAAAUCUAUCACAUGAAAUAGAAAAUAAAAAAAGAAAGUUAAGUAGUCCUAAAGAAACUGUUGACGAAAAAAAAUCUAAGAAAGAUACAACCGAAAACGAGUCAAUAUUGAAACCAAAAGUAUCUGAUUCUACUAAAUUAGAAAAGCCACAGAAAACCAUUGUCAGUAAAAAGGAAUUGUCUCGACAGAAAGCUGCAGCUGGAUCCAAAAGUAUUACUAAUUUUUUUAAAAAAAAGUGAAUCUUAAAAAGUACCUUUAGAUUUAAAAUAAAUUUAAAAGAACUUAAGUACUGUAAUGUAUAUGCAUAUUAUUCAAGCAAUAUGAUUAAGUUUAGCUAUCUUUAUUCUGGAAUUGAUUAAUUGCUUUACAUGAGCAAAAAUUAAACAAUUAUUUAAAUGCACAGAAGAAUUUUUUACCUUUAUUUAAUAA